AUGUACCAUCGUCCUCCUGGUAUUGGACCACCAACAGUUACUGAUAUUGAUUUGGCCUAUUCUCAAUAUUCACAAUCACCAGUUUCAUCUAUAACAAGCGAUAAUCAAUAUAAUCAUAGUCAAAAUGUGUAUACAACAGUACCAUACUAUUUACCAGACAGAUCUCAUUUAGAUUCAUCAACAUCUCUUAGUCGAAAUAUUCCAUUUGUUUUACCACGAAAAUUAUCUAUAUCCACUUCAUCUGACUCAAAUAAUUGUGAUAGUCAAACAAUAAUAACAAAACAACAACCUCAUAUGCGUACAGUUCCACCACCAUUAAGACAAUCGUUAGGUGAAAUGUUUGUUAAACGAGUAUCAUCACAAGAUGAAAGAUCAUGUGAAAUGAUGGAUUCAGCACAAAAUACAUCAGCAGCUAUUAGUAGUGGAAGUGCAUUAAAAUUAGCCGGAUCUGUUCUAGACAAUAAUAUUAUAGAAGAAAAAAAGAAGAAAAAUAAAGAUAAAAAACGUUCAAUUAAGGGUUUUGUUCGACCAUUUAUUCGACAUUGUGAUGAUGAUAUUCAAAAUGGUGGUGAUGAACAACCGCCAUCAUAUUCUGAUAUGAAUGAAUUAGAUCAACGUAAUGUUGUUCAUCAAAAAUCACGUGCAACAUCAAUUAGUAAUAUGACAAAUAUAACAUUUGCUGAUAUUGAAGAUGAACAAGAAGAACAAUCACAAAUUGAAAAUAAUAUUACUCGACAAACAUUAGAAACAUUUCAUCAUGAUAAAUUAACAAAUGAUGAUUUAAAAAUGAAUGAUAAUAAUAUUCAACCAAAAAGAUUAUCAUUUAAAAAUGAACUUAUUCUUUAUGUUAAAAAUAUUAUACCUACAAGACAAAAAGGAGCAGUUUAUUUAAAAGAGUCAAAAGAAGAUGAUGAAAAAUUAAAAAAAUCUUGUCUUAAAACAUAUUGGAAAUGGAUAUUAGCAUCAAUUGUUAUAUUUUUAUUAUUAUUAUCACUUGGAAUUAUUUUCUAUUAUUCUCUUCGUCCCUAUUGUGAUCGACAAACAUCAUUAGAAAAUCUUUAUAUCUAUGAAAUAAAUCCAUUUAAUUUUUUUGAUACAAAUUCUGAUGGAAUUGGUGAUUUAAAUGGUGUUAGUCAACGAUUACAUUAUUUAAAAUUACAUUUUAAUAUAAAUGCAAUAUUAUUACGUUGUUUAGGUGGUUUUGUUUGUAAUAAUGGACCGUGGGUACAUGAAGGAAUUGCACCUCAAUUAGGUGAUAUAGAAACAUUAAAUCAAUUAAUUGAACAAGCUAAUCGAAUGAAUAUUAAAACAAUUAUUGAAAUACAAUUACCAUUAUUACAAUCAACAGAAAUAGAUGAUCAGUAUGAAAAUUUGCUCAAUGAUGCAUUGAUCCCAUGGAUUCAAGUAUCCUCAUUGUUUGGUAUAAUUAUUCAAACACCUCCCAGUCAUUCUUUAUUUCGUUCUGAUCUUCAUGGUUCACGUUUAGUUCAAUUAGUUCGUUCACGUUUUCCACAUCAACAUAUUAUAACGGAAUUUUUUGCCAGUAAUUCAGAUUAUAUUGAUCGUCGUCUCUCACCAAGUAACAUUUAUCAAUUAAAAACAUAUUUAAACACUAUACUUCGUUAUCAUAUUUAUUCAAAAACAUUAUGGAGAUUAAGUUCAAUUAAUGAUAGAAUUAAUCUAAACGAUGCAAGAGAUUAUUUAAAAAUUCUUUAUUCACUUUUAUCAUUGAUGCCAGGUAAUGGUUAUAUUUUGACAUAUGGUGAUGAAUUAGAAGUAACAAAUGAAAAUUUAAUAGCUUCAACUACGACUAGUAGUCGAACCUAUUUAUAUAGAUGGAAUUCUGAACAAUGGUAUGGAUUUUCAACAGUUAGACCGUAUAUUUAUGAUGGAGGACAAGGAAAAACUGUUAUAGACGUUGAAAAUGAUCCCGAUUCAUUGUUUAACUGGUUAAAAAGAUUAUCUCGUGUAAAUAUACAAUUACGUUGUACAUGUUUGAGUAGUAGUUAUCUUGAAUUUCCUUCACAAAAUGAAAUGACAUCAAUUGUUAUUAAACGUGUAUGUCCUGGACAAAAGACGGUAUGGCUCGUAUCAAAUUUGAAUACGUACGAAUAUAUUAAUGAAAAAUUAAGUUCAUCGAGAGAACAAGCAAAUAUUAUUUUAAAUAGUCAAUUAUUACCAACUAGUAACGAUGAAUAUAAAUUAAAUUCAAUACGUUUAAUGCCAAGACAAACUAUUAUCAUUGAAAAAUAA